CGCUAAAAAUGCGAGUCAAAAAAACCUGAUAUCAUCUGACAGCUUUACCCACCCCCUUGACUUCUCAUCUGUCGAGAAAUCGUGGCAGAAUAUCCAGCACAAAAAUGUAUUGUUUGGACAUUGUUCCCGGAAACAAACUUCCUUCAGCCAGCAUAUUUCAUUGAACAGCGAUAGCAACAUACGGGGAUGGAAACAGGCGAGUCCCUCUAAGAGAGAGGCGGUGAAAGGAACCGAGGAAGUCUGCAGAUCUGCGCAUGCACGAGCGUGCGCAAUCUGCUCAGAAGCCGCUACGGGGAUGGGCAGAUGGCUGUUUUUUAUUUCCAUGGUGUUUUGCUGUAGGCCUGUUUUCGAACUUGCUCAGAGGCUUAUUGGGGGCAGCACGCCAGGCAGAGUGGCACCCGCACUGCUGCUUCAUGCUAACGGAAUAGCUACCAUCAAUCCAGAAGAGCUCAAGGGUCUUCGGGAGCGUUUCCGGGAAAAGAAUCAAACCUGUUUCAUUUUGGGUGCCUCAGGAGAGACUGGGAAAGAACUGCUAGCGGAGGUCUUGCGACAGCAGCUGUUCUCCAGAGUGACACUCAUUGGCCGCCGAAAGCUGAAUUUGGAAGGGCAGCUUUACUCCAACGUGGUCCAAGAGGUGGUCGACUUUGAGAAAUUGGAUGAAUCUGCUGCUGCCUUCCAAGGCCACGAUGUCGGGUUUUGCUGCUUGGGGACAACCAAAGGGAAGGCCGGAGCGGAUGGAUUUGUGCGUGUCGACCGUGACUACGUAGAGCAUUCAGCACAGCUAGCCAAAGCAGGUGGCUGCCACCACUUCGUUCUUCAGUCAACCAAGGGUGCAGAUAGCUCCAGCCGUUUCUUCUACCUCCGGGUUAAGGGUGAAGCAGAGGCCAGGGUUGAAGCGUUUGGGUUCAGCCGUUACUCCAUAUUUAGACCUGCAGUGCUGUUGUGUGAUCGUCAGGAAUCUCGGCCUGUUGAGUGGAUGGCCAGGAAAGUCCUAGGAGUAGUAGCAUACUUCUCUCCCAAAACAGAUCAUGCUAUCUCUACAGCAACUGUGGCCCGGGCAAUGGCAAACAAUGUAGUGAUGCCAGGAAGAGAAGGCCAGAAGGUGGAGGUGCUGGAAAAUGCAGCCAUACAUGCCCUAGGGCAGACAAAAUAGUUGGGAGGAUUCAUAGAUGACCUAAGGGUGAAGGGUGCCUAACUCCCAAGGCCAAGUACAUGCUAUUUUUCCUUUUCCCCAGAGUUUUCCCCUGAAGUAGUGAGGUCUUGCCUAUUAAUUUGUAGCCAUUCCUGUAGCUUUCUCCAUUGUCCCCAUGACAAGCAAGCAAACUUCCACAUCUCCUGUGGGUUCUGUUUUGAAUACGGUUACUCCAAAAGAGCCAGUAUUCAAAAAUUGACUGUAGUGUAGUGAUCAGAAAAGAUUGGGCAGAUCUCAGGAGGAGAAUAAGCUGGUUGUGGGAUAACUCUUCAUAGCAGAUCUAUACCCUCAUGAACGUUUUUUCCUGUCAUGCGGUAAAACAAGUUACCAAAGUGCCUGUUUGCUUGUUGGUUGCAAGAACAAAUCAUCUCCCCACUGUUUUCUGGCUUUUCAGUUUAGGCCCAACUACACAUAUCUUCCAAGACGGAUCUGCACCAAUCAUAUCUAAACUGGCAGAGGGAGCAUGAUUUAACACAUUUAAAAGUGGCAGGGAGUGCUCUGACCAGUGUAACCCACCCUCCAAAGUCCUUCCCCAUCCCCAAGCUGAGAGAACGCACUUGAGGAAGAGGCUAAAGAGAGAAAGACCAGGGAUGGGGAGGGUUCAGCACCUUACCACCACCCUUAAAUCCCACCCAGUCUGCUAUGCACGUGAUUGGUGCAGAACUCUGAAGGCAGAUUAGGCCAAAGACUAUGUCCUGUUAGGUGAUGUUGGAAUGCCCAUCAUCUCUAUACCAGUGUAUGUUAUGACACGUUUAUGUACUUCGUGGUUGUAAACCACCCCGAGAUAUAAGUUUUGGGCCAUAUUAAAAUGUCUUAAAUAAAUGGCUCAAGGGCAAAUAGUAACAAAUAUUGGGAAUGUGGAACAAUUAACAAUGUGAAUUUGAAGCUUUCCCACUAUCGCUUCAUUUUUUUUAGAGAUGUAAAAUUUGAAUGUAAAGUCUGUAUAUGUUUACAGAUAAUUUUAGUAUAGUUUUCUGACUUUGCACUGUUAAACUGCCAGUCCAAAGAGAGAGGCGUGUUCUAGUUAUUCAAGAGGGCUUCACUUUUAGAUGGGCUGGGAAGAGAAUAAUUUAUCAAAGCACCAAACCUAAAUAUAAGCACUACUCCAACACUUUCUGCCCUGUACUGAUGCUUUAUUGGUGCCUUCACACAAGACUACUUUGCACUUGAUCUUAUCCCUACACAAUUGUAUACUGGUGCAGGAGAUUACAAAAUAAAACUUCUGUGCCCUAGUGUACAGUGUCUUGGAGGAUGAUCACAAAAGUGGCUUUUGCUAAAUGUACGCUCCCUAGAAAGCUACAGCUGACUGCAAAUCCCAACAAAUGUAUAGCAAAGGGUAAACCUGCAUGAUCUUCAUACAUGGUGGUGUACGUCCUUAUAGGGAAAACAUUGUGUGUGAAGUGGCCAUUACAUCAGGGAAACACAGGGCUAUAGGGUAUGUUUACAACCUGUGAGAAUCCUUUUAGUGUACUAAUAGUUCAGCUGUGCUACUCAGGGUUAAAGUCUGCAAGGAGAUUUUUGUUAAUUGUUCUUUUAAGUCCAACUUCUGUAUAGGGCUCAAGGGAAAUAGUAACAUAACACAGGACAUUAUUUCCUAACUUAGGGUGAAAAUGUGGUAAGUGAAGCUUUGCCAAUAGUUUUCAUGAGGUUCUCUUUUCAGAUGUAAAACUUGAAAAAGGGAUCUCUGUGUGCUUGCAGGUGACCUAAAAGUAUAGCCCAGUUCUCUGACUGUUAUUUUGUUGAUAUUCAUAAUUGUCUUGUGACUGCCUGGUUGUUCAGGGUAUUUUAUUUAGGUGGCUGAUGAAAAUAUUGAGAUUAAAAGCAGAAUGGCAAACAAAUAUGAAAGGAUUUUCAGGCUUAAUUGCAUUUUGAUUUGAUGUAAAAAUCAGAAAAAGACUGUUUUGUUUCUGAAAUUGUUGGAGCAAGCCUCAAUGCCACUUGUGCCAUUUCAAAAGCUUUGAAUGGUUGUCAUUUCUGUAGCUCUAUAUGGUUAAUAAAAAGGGAGAAUUUAAA